AUGGCGAUGGGCAGGUGGGUGCGGGGCGGCGGCAGGGCCCGGGGCGGCCGCGGGGGUGCGGGNCGCCCGCCGGCCCGGCGCCAGCGCCGCACCGCCUUCGCCAGCCGGCACGGCAAGCGGCACGGCAAGAAGUCCCGGCUGCGCUGCAGCAAGAAGCCGCUGCACGUCAACUUCAAGGAGCUGGGCUGGGACGACUGGAUCAUCGCCCCGCUGGAAUACGAGGCCCACCACUGCGAGGGGGUCUGCGACUUCCCGCUGCGCUCCCACCUGGAGCCCACAAACCACGCCAUCAUCCAGACCCUCAUGAACUCCAUGGACCCCGGCUCCACGCCGCCCAGCUGCUGCGUCCCCACCAAACUGACCCCCAUCAGCAUCCUCUACAUCGAUGCGGGCAACAACGUGGUGUACAAGCAGUACGAGGACAUGGUGGUGGAGUCCUGCGGCUGCAGGUAGCGGGCGGGACGCCCCUCGGCGGCAGCCGGGUCUGCGUCUGGCGGAGCUGCGGCGGCAGCGGCGAGCGGGGCCCCCGUCAGGUGCC